AGUACAUACCUUGCCAUCCUCGACUAAUAUAGCACCAUGCUGAAUAAUAAUCAAUGUCUCGUUAUCAUCUGUAUGAAUCAAUGGACCAACAAAAACCUGUCGAACCAUCGCACAAUAUUUUUUGGGCAGAUGCCGCUGGAACGAUAAGUUUCACGUGUAUUGCAAUUUUACUUUGUAACUGUAUAACUUGUGUUGCGGUGAUUCUCGCUAUAUUCGCGAGUCAACAUCACUUAGCAACCGUUCUAUCACACAAAUUAUCGUCGAUAGAUUUUCGCUGUUCAACACGAACAUUUAACACUUUUACUACAAUAUCGAGAAAACACUUUGUUAUUCCAUUGUUUUCGACAUGCCGAACAAAAAAGAGCAAAAAAUGGAAAAAACGAAAAAAACGGAUAAACCACCAGUGGAUCCUCAUCGAGAAUUCCUGGACAUGGACACAGACGAGGAAGAUUUUGGUCGACAAGAAAGUCCUGAAACCGAGGAAGAACUUCCUCCUGAACCAAUCAAGCCGGUUUUUGACGAACAGGACUUAGAUAAUUUGGUACAAUAUGUGAAGGAUCUUACAGUGCUUCCUUCUAUUAAGGAUUCUGAUUGGAGUCAGGACUGUCAUACGGUUAUCCACGAAUAUUUUGAAAAUCCAGCUCACGCUUUAUUGAGUGUAUAUUUCGAUAUAGGAGGCAUAUUAAAUGUGCGAUUGAAUGUUCCCGAAGAAAGCCGUAGUGGCUUUGUAUAUUUCCUGCGAACACCCUGGCAUGUGUUCACCGUUGAAAAUUUUCACGCCACGGUAAUCUUCGGCAGCAUUAAUCGGAAUACUAUGAUGUGCGUGUUAAAAGCGAUAGAGAAUAUGUACGUACCCGUUGCGUUAAACAGCAGCGAAUGGCCAGAAAUUAUCAGAAAUAAUCUGUUCCGCAAUUUGCACAAUUUUUUAAUGUGCUUGACCGAACGAGUUUACAAGCCAAUGGGUUUGACCAAGUUAUACGUACCAAGAGAGAAAUUAUCUGAAAUCGUGAAAUCGCCGAUAGAUGAAAAACUGACCUCGUUUGAAGAAAGUAGACAGCGUGUUUCUGAAGAGCUGAGUGAGUCAGAGAAGGCACUGAUAGAAAGGCUUGAAGGGAUUGUAUGAUGUUGGAUCAGACAGGUCCGCGAAGUACUGACGAAUACAUCCACGAAUGAAACCAGACAGACUGUGUUUGAUGAACUGCAAUAUUGGACAGCGAUAUAUUUUGAUCUAUGUUGUUUACAUGACCAGCUCUCGAAUGAAGAAAUUCAAUCGAUACUGCGUCUGUUGGAGAACGUCUGUUCCCCGAGUGUGGAUUCCUUUCAUCUCCUAACCGUACAGCUUCAUGAAGGAUUAGAACAAGCGGCGUCCAAUGUAACGUAUCUAAAAAUCUUAUCGGAUACUUGUAAUGAUCUAAGAUGUCCAGAUCAAGUUGAAGAACCUGUGAUGAAGAUUAUGUUCCUGAUGCUGUUCAUUUGGAUGGAGUCGUCGUUUUAUAACGUAUCAAGCAAUAUAGAAGUACUUUGCCAAGCCGUGAGCGCUCAGGUGGUGCAACAAUGUAAAGAGUACAUUGAUUUACAAGCAUUAUUAGAGGGUGAUGCAGAAAAUGGGAUAAACAUGCUUAAGAAAUGCAUAUGUUGCUGCCAUAUAUACAAAACCGUAUAUAAUAAAGUUACGAGUAUAACCGUGAGCGUUAAAUCGAAUGGAGACUGGAACGUAAACGAUCACAUAGUCUUUAAUCGCAUUGACAUAUUCACGCGAAGGUGUUAUGAUGUCAUCGAGAUAUGUAACGCUUUGAUAGUGUUUGGAAGGCGCAACAAAGUCGGAAUGAUCGGAAGUGCAAAAGGUACACAAUACGAGGCAUAUUGUCGCAGAAUAGAGGAUUUAUUUUACGAGAAUCUCGAUGAGAUCAAACUGGUCCGCGACGACAUUCUAGAUGUUACGAAAUCCACAUGGCUCGAGUGUAUGCAGAAGUUCAGGGACUCCAUAAUGGAAUUAGAAAACAUGGUCAAGACCUUGAUUGAUUGCAUAUUCGUAGAAGUUCAAAAUGUUGAAGAGGGUAUCGAGACUAUAUACGCUUUGCAGCGUUUUAAACAUAGAGAAUCCUUGCGUGACACAUUAUCCAUGAAAUGGGUACAGAUAUGGAAAAUAUUUGGUGAAGAAAUUAAAAGUUGCAACAACAGCAUAACUUUGCAUGAAGCAUGUCAUCCAUUGUUUCAAUGUCAUAUGAAAGAUGCUAAUUUAUUGUGCGUCACUCGAUAUUUAGAACAAUUAUUCCUCAUGAUGAUCGAUGCGUCUGACUGGAUAGGAGAUUGUGCUGCUGAGAAGUAUAUAUUGAAGCAAUACAAAGAAGUAGUAAGUGCUAUCGAUAAUAAAAAAUCGCACAUUUUAAAUCUUGAAGGAAAUUGAUAAACAGUAUUGUUAUAAAUUGAACUCGAAUAAAAUGUGUUACUGAGAACAUUAAAAUGUGUUUUUUUAUUUA